AUGGCUAGCCUGCCGCCGUGCCCGCCCAGGCCUGCCCAGUGCGUGUCGCAGCCGCCGCCCGAGAAUCCGCUGCAGGUGAAGGUGGUGGGACUCUUCAAAAGCUCCAGCCUGCAGAUUGCAAAGAGCAUAGCUGAGAGUCUGAAGAUUACUCAUCCAUCCAAAUUUGAAGAUCCUAUUAUAGUUCCUCUUCAAGAAUUUGCAUGGGAUCAAUAUCUACUGGAGAAAAAAAGGGAACUCAAGAAUGAAAUGUGGGAAUAUUCUUCCUAUGUGAUAUGUUUUCUUAAUGACCAGCUCCUGGGUGAUGCAUCUGAUCUGCAGAGAUGGGCCCAGAAAGUGUGGGACUUAGUUGAUGUGAAACCCUUGGCUCUUUAUCAGGCCCUCACUCUGGAUUAUUCUGCUAAAUUCUUAAGAGACACGAAGCAUGAUUUUGUGUUCUUGGACAUUGUUAUUGAUGUUUCCCCAGCUGGAAGAUUGAUUUUUGAGCUAUACUGUGAUGUAUGUCCCAAAACCUGUAAAAAUUUUAAGGUCUUGUGCACAGGAAAAGCAGGGUAUUCUCAAAGUGGCAUAAAACUACAUUACAAAGGUUCAAUUAUUCAUCGAGUAGUACAGAAUGGUUGGAUACAAGGAGGAGAUAUAGUAGCUGGAAGAGGAGAUAAUGGAGAGUCGAUUUAUGGACCAACAUUUAAUGAUGAAAACUUUUCAGUUCUUCAUAAUAAAAGGGGAAUUCUUGGAAUGGUCAACAGAGGCCGUCACAGUAACGGAUCACAAUUUUAUAUCACACUACAACCAACUCCUUAUCUAGAUAAAAAAUAUGUGGCUUUUGGGCAAUUGAUUGAAGGAACAGAAGUUCUUAAACAACUCGAACUAGUUCCAACAGAGAACGAAAGACCAAUACCUCUAUGUGUGAUUGCUGACAGCGGAGAUAUUUAUGUCUGAUUUUCACAUCAAUAUUUUCUGUGAUAAUUUAUUACUUUCUAUCUGAUCAGCUGUUUCUAGAUUUAAUUAAACAGUGCUUGUAGCAUGUAAUUUGAAA